AUGAAGGCGGUAACAGUAGAAGCUGUGGACGACGGCCUCCUCCUCUCUCCUUCGCCGGAACUUCAGAAUCCAGUUACCGAUCCGGCGAAUACAAGGGCAAAUCAACAGCCGGGCCAGUCUGAGACGACGAAGAAAGAGAUGGAGCCAUCGGGUUUAGAAAACAUCAGCCGUGCCAAUCUGGUUAUUGAGGAAAAGAAUACAAAUGUUGCUGAUCUUGCAUUCGAGGCCGAGAAAUUCGAAGCCGAAUUAGAAGAUACGGUCAGAAGAAUCGUGAGCUGGCUCGUCAUAAGUGCCUUCAACAUUAUGGCUUACGUCUUCUCACGAGACGGCUUCAUGGAAUCUCCCUCAAUAUGCAAGAAUUUCGAUGAAGAAAGUUGGUCUUGGUGGCUUCCACAACAAGGUUCACUGAUAUACUACGAUAAGUUUAUCAACAUCUUGAUUUGCCGGAAUCUAUUUCGGGUGCAGAUCUCUUUCGCUGUCUUCAUGAUUAUCGUCGUCAAGUACUUGAUAGUCUCUGCUUUACCAGAUACAAAGCAGACAAUGCGAGUGACCUUUAAUGUUAUCUUCCUCGGUAUUGUUUGCGGUUUACACGGUAAGUUAUGGGUGGAAAUAUUGGGCGGGAACGGCAAACUCUGGCUCUUCGUUUGGGCAACGUUUUGUGUUUUUCAGUUCGUUCCAUUGGCUUUGUGUGGUCUAAUGUACGGUCCUGUAGAUGUGACUCGAGCGACCAAAUGA